AUGCUCUCUUCCUCCUCAUCGGCGGGUCGACUGGUUCCGACGGCUAUGCUUCUUCCCCCAUUCGCGCGCACACCGACGACGGCUGUUGUGGAGCUGCCGGUGUCCAUUGCAGCGGGUUGUCAGCGUCAAAAAGAAAUCGGGUGUAGCUCGGACGACAUGCAGACACCAGGAUCACGCGUGAAGCAUCACACUGCGCUGCCAGUAUACAUUGAAACCCAGGUGCCCUGCGGCUCCAUGCCGCCACAACACGGGCUGAUCGUGCGAUCUCCAUCAUCGCCCUCCUCCUUCGUUACGCAAUCAGAGGUAGCCGAGUUUGGCUUGACGCCACUCAUUGAAGCCGCAGAGCAAGUGGGUCCAUUAAUUGCUCACACUCCACCGCCACUACAUGGCCGCCCCAGCACGCUGAAGCGAAGUCUGUUGCAGACGCUUCCGUCCAUAGUGCAAGCCAUGAACGACAAUUCGCGCGAGAUCUCGCCAAUGCCAAAAAGAUCCUGCUUCGGCUCGCAUGCUGGUCCGAAUGUGCAGGCUGCUUACACUUGUUGUGAUCACCCACCCGUCCAAGGCUUUUUCUGCUCUACUACUCCCCAACAACGUGCACAGCAUUGGCCAAACCAGCGAGUAAAAGAUCAGCAUGUUAUUCCACGCGUGACGGACACUAUCGCACGUAGCCCGAGCAGUGCCGAGACGAAGUCGGUGUGUGCGCAGCGACCACUCUACAUGCGUACUUCUGUAUGGGAAGUGGUGCUUGCUACAGACGUAUUUCCAACGGAUAUUUGCCUCAGUGCGGGCGCGGUCGUUGACCGUGUGUCUCCAAGAGCUCCACACAUGAUUGAUUCAAGAAGCAAGAAUCUCGUUGAAUUUGUGACGAAGAGCGCAGUGAAGCAGAGUCGUCGAGUCGUCGAUGACGAGGGAUACGACGUUGCGAUCCUUAAUGCCGUGAAGAGUGAUACUGUACUGCCGCCCAACGUGUCGGUAGAAAACCUUGCUGAUGACAAGUCGCCUUACAAGCCCAUGCGCGUCAGCGGAAAAUCGCCGAGCUUGACGUCGAUCCCUUGUUACUUGCCUGAGCAAGGAAGCGUACACGGGACCUCGCGUGACAAGGCGUUUGAUCCGCUCAGUCUUAGGUCGAUCAUGAACAACGAGUCUACCGGGUCGCCGUAUUGCGACGCGUCCGAUUUGCCAGAGAGCAUUGCCAGCUCGUACCUCGCGAGACACAGACCAGGACACAGGACACCGACGAAGUCGAACCAGCAAGUUUUGAAGCGGUCGGACUAUUCUCAGCACGGUAUAGUACGCAGCGGUCGGUGGUCAAUGGAGGAGGAACUGUACGCCAAGGCGAUGAUUGAAGCGUUCAAGUCAGGCUUUCUUCCUCUUCACGGCAAUAUGUCGUUACGCAAGUUCCUAUCCGAGGUACUUGUGUGUCACCCAAUGCGCAUCAGCAAAAAGUUUGUGGGCUACGUGCGUAAGUAUCACUGGUACCGCAUUGCCUCCGGCAAGUGCGAUCCGAAGGCCAAGCGCCAGGUCUUAUGCGAAUUGAGUCGCCUCGAGCGAGCCUUCUGGAUUUCCCAGCAGCAGAGUAGCGAAUGGCUUUCUGGUCUUCGACAAGAUGACUAA